UAGCAGAUUUUUAAAGAUAAAACCGAUUAGGAAGCUGUGAAAGGUGGCAUCCUUAGAAUGGGUUUAACCUAUGUAUUUGCUGCAUAUUUUUAAAAUAGUUUCCUGACAUUACAACAAAUCAUUGCCAACUCACAAUAAGCUGCAAUGACAACUUCACGAAAGCAUCAGCUUUUCUGUGCUGAGCCAAUGGGAGAAAAAUCUGUAUAUACACUUCCUGGAAUCGGUCCUGUGCUGGGCGGACGACUAGAGAAUAUCGGAAUAAGAAGAGCGAGGGACGUCCUGGGGCGUUUCCUGGUCUUGGAGAUGCGUGAGUGGGAGUUUAAGAGCUGGCUUAGAGAUACAUGUGGAGCAAAUGCCAAACAGCAGCGAGACUGUUACAACUGCCUGAAAGAAUGGACAGAUAAUAAUUUGUAAUGAGAAUACUUAUGUACUAGUUUAAUUCAGGGCUGUAGCUAGUGGGGUGAAAGGUGGUAAAGAUUUUAGGGGCCCAAAUGUCCAGGGGGCCCCACAAAAAAUUCUAAACUCUAUUUUUUCAUAGGAAAGGGUCUCAGAGCAAUGUAGAGUCAGGGGGCCCAGAUUACCUUGCUACGGUCGUGGUUGCAUCUACUUUGUUCUUUUGUAAUAAUAUUUAUUUAUAGAUUCAUUUAGUUCUGUUAAUUUAGUUUCAUUUAGUUUUAUGUCUCACAUGUAUGUGCAAGCUAUAUGAUUAUUAAUAAAAUGUUUGUUAAUUUUCAGUCAGUGACAACUACACAUAAUACAUAUGUUACAGUAAAUUAAUUGAAAAAUGUAAACCUGGAGAUAUUUCUUAAUUUUUUCCGCAUUUCUCCAUUUGUCAUAUUCACCAAUUAAAACACAACCCAUACCCUGCCUACAUUGUGACACUAAGUCUAGCGUAAAUAAGAAUUCAGCAAAUGGAGAUCUUUGUAAAUACCAAAGAUUACUGCACCAAUGUAAUUUACAAAAACAGACACAGCCUGAAUUAAUGGCUAUGUGAAUAUCAUGUUUUUAUUGUUACUUAAAGACAGAAACAAUCAGUAUUAACUCAAAAUAAGCAUUUAUUGUAUCCUACAAUUUUUAAACAACAGCUUGUGAAGACUACUGAAAAUACUAAAGGGCUCAAAGAUCUUUAUUGCAUUUUAUAUAUUAGCAUAUUACACUCUGAUGUUUGCUCCUUUCAGAUUAUAAUCUUCGAAUGAAUCUGAAGCAAUGCUUCUGUGUAUUUUAUAAUUGACUAUCCCCCAACACUUAAUAUUUUAUGAGUACAUUAGAAAUGGAACUGUAGAUGCAGAUGUUGGAAUACCCAACUACCUGUUUCACAAAUGUAACCUACAAAAAACAAAUAUCUGAAAUGCUAACUGUCCACAGUAGUAUUUCAGGACAGUCUGAAGAUAUUACAAGCAGGCCAGGCAUAUAAAAUAAUGGUAUGAUAAGAAGAUUGCGCUGUUUACUUUGUUAAAAUAUCAAUUUUCAAUCAAAUUAAAAGGUGUCUCAGAGGUCAAUGUCAUAAAAACACAUAAGCUUAUAUUAAAUAUUGGUAGUGUGCAAUUAUUAUUACAAUGUAUAGUAGAAUUACUACAAACCUCCAUACUAGUACUUUUUACAAACCAAGAUGUAAAAAAACUGAUCAAACAAUGAAGUUAUUAUCAGUAUAAUGUGUGGUGGCCAUGUAAAAGUGUUAUUAGGAUCUAUGAUGGCCUUAAAAUGUUGUCGAGUGAUUUAUAGGUGUGCAUAGUCAGUGCCAAAGACUGAUUGCACCAAGGUGUAUCAUUGGUUAUCAGCUCCUUUUAUGUCUUAUGUUUGAAGACCAUUUAGAGACCUGCAAUAACAGGUUAUGUAUUCACCAUUAGUUAUUACUCUUGUGGCGGGGGAGCUUUAUGAACAGUUUUGCUGUUUGCUACUGUUGAUGUUCAAAACCUGGUUAAUUUUGAACAUGUGUGCAAUCAAACAAUGUGUGGUUGAUUGUGAGGGUGUAUGCAACAUUAAAUUAUCAUUUACACUAAGAAAUGAUCACACUUCAAUCAAUUAAAAUCAUUAUUUUAAUGGGGUUUGUCUGUUACUGUAGACUGCGUAAUUUGUUGUAAUCUCAUUACGGCUUUGAAACUUCUGAAAAA